AUGGGGAGGAAAAAAAUCCAGAUCUCACGCAUUCUGGACCAAAGGAAUCGGCAGGUGACAUUUACCAAGCGGAAGUUUGGGCUGAUGAAGAAGGCCUAUGAGCUGAGCGUGCUCUGCGACUGUGAAAUCGCCCUCAUCAUCUUCAACAGCGCCAAUCGCCUCUUCCAGUAUGCCAGCACAGACAUGGACCGCGUGCUCCUGAAGUACACGGAGUACAGUGAGCCCCACGAGAGCCGCACCAACACCGAUAUCCUCGAGACACUGAAGCGGAGAGGUGUGGGCCUCGAUGGACCAGAGCUGGAGCCAGAUGAGGGGCCUGAGGGGCCAGGAGAGAAGGUGCGGAGGUUGGCAGGUGAUGGGGGUGACCCAGCCUUGCCCCGGCCCCGGCUCUAUGUAAGUGACUCCCUGUGCCACUAUGAAGGGGCCCUCCCUCACCUCCUAGGCCCAAGUGGUUAG